AUGCUGCCGCGCAGAUAUCGUCGCAUGUAUGACGUCACAUCUGGCUAUAAAAUGUAUGCGCUCGAGAAUAAAGUGAUCAUUGUUUUGUGGCCACUGGUUGUGGCUAUAUCACUGGCGACGAGGAAUUGGACCUCGAAUCCCGUAGGCAGGCGCGGCGAAGGAACUACAUGGCGAAAAAGUAGGCGCGUUUCGGCGACUGAAGAAGCCAUCCGGUCAUGUACGUGCUCUCGGAGUACGACACCGCAGCCUGCAACGUGGAGCAGACAGCAACGCCCCUCGAGCAACGCCCCCACACAAGCACCGAAAGCAUUGACGUGGUGGCAGCGAGCGGAGCUUCAUGCUGAAGGGCGACCGACGGCAACCUGAGCCAAGGACGGAGAAACAACCGCACAGAGGUGACUCUACAUUUUCUACUCGCAGACAGGAAUGUCGCGUUUAGGGAAGGUCGCUGAGUUUGAUCCUAAGUCACAGAAUUUCGAGUCUUACCUGGAGCGAUUCGAACUGUUUGUGCAAGCGAACGACAUAGAAGAGGAAAAGAAGCUAGCGGUUUUCCUAACGGUAAUAGGAGCAGAAGCUUAUGAAGUCUUGAAGAACCUUGUAGUGCCGGCUUCCCCACGUGAGAAAACUUACGAGGAAGCAAAGCGGUUGCUUACAGAACAUUACAGCCCACGGAGCUCGGUAAUCGCUGAGCGCUGCAGGUUCAACAAGCGGACUCAGCACGAAGGGGAAAGCGUAGAAAAUUUUAUAGUCGAGCUGAAGCACUUGGCCAGGAAAUGUAACUACGGCGACUUCUUACAGGAUGCACUUCGCGACAGGCUAGUAGCAGGUGUGCGCAAUGAAGAAACGCAGCGAGCCUUGUUCGCGGAAGAAAGCCUAACCUUUGACAGCGCCUGCAAGAUUGCCUUGGACCGAGAAAUGGCGGCAAGAGAGGCAGCGCUAAUGAAAGAAAAGAACAAAGAGGAGUCAUUAAAUGCGGUUGGGAGUCAGCCGAAGAAAGGGAUGAAGAAGACUCAAAAGAGCCACUUUGCCAAGAAAGAGCGAUGUGAAAGAUGCGGCAGAGGGCAUUCUUCAAGCGUAUGCUGGUAUAAAAACUCUGUGUGCCGUAACUGCUCGAAAGUAGGACACUUGAGAAAAAUGUGCACCACUGCGCAGACAAAGAGAACAAAUGCCUUAGAAUGUUCUGACGAGGACUCUGAGCACGAAGUAUACCAUUUCAUAAAUGUGACACGCUCUUCUUACGAUGUGAACAUUCAGGUCGAAGGCAAACCCCUGAACAUGCAGAUUGACACAGGAGCGGCUGUUACUGUAGUGCCAGAGUAUGUCUAUGAUUCACAUUUCGCUCAUGUUACAUGUCAGCCCACCAAAGUGACACUUCGCACGUACACCGGCGAACAAAUGACACUUAAGGGACAGUGUGAGGUUGCAGUCGUGUACAAAGGUCAGAGCAUGAUUCUUCCAGUAGUAGUAGUUAAGGAUAACGGAAGGAGACUGCCAGCAUUGCUUGGCCGGAAUUGGCUUGAGCAUCUCAAGCUUGACUGGAGCGCAAUAGGUCAAGUAACCGCGGAGGACAGAGCCAUGUCAUUGAGGAAGAAAUACCCUGCAGUCUUUUCACAGACAAUGGGCACCGUAAAGAGUUUUGAGGCAAAAAUAUCUUUGAAUGCAGAUGCUACGCCAGUAUUCUGUCGAGCCAGGUCUGUUCCAUUUGCACUUAAAGAAACAGUGGAAAAACAGCUCCGGGAGAUGGUAAAAACAGGCAUGCUACAGCAGGUAUCGCAUAGCGACUGGGCGACACCACUUGUCGUAGUCCAGAAAAAAGAUGGCAGCCUUAGGCUUUGCGGUGACUACAAAGUUACGAUUAAUCCGGUCCUAAAAACAGACCAUUACCCGCUGCCCAGGCCAGAAGACCUAUAUUCAGCAAUUACAGGCGGUAAGGUGUUCUGCGUUCUCGACCUAUCGGCGGCGUAUCAGCAGGUAACACUGAGCCCCGAGUCACGAUCAUUUCUGACGGUCAACACCAGUUUGGGGUUGUUCCAAUUUCAGCGCCUUCCAUAUGGUGUGGCUAGUGCACCCGCAAUAUUCCAGUCCUUGAUGGACGAAGUGCUAAAGGGCAUUCCACACGUAGGGUGCUAUAUCGAUGAUGUGAUCGUGGCUGGAUCUGAUAUGGGUUCAUGCCAAAAAACGCUAGAGCAGGUCCUUGAAAGGCUACAGGACUACAACAUCACGUUGAACACCGACAAAUGCCGGUUUUUUCAACAAUCGGUGACGUAUUUGGGCCACACAGUCACAGCAGAAGGGAUUUAUCCCACGGAAGCAAAAAUCAGGGCGAUUGUUGACGCGCCUGAGCCCACUAACGUCACCGAACUAAAAGCGUACUUGGGCCUGCUAAAUUUUUACUCAAAGUUCUUGAGAAACUGUGCGACCGUUGCUGAGCCACUGUAUCGGCUGCUAAAGAAAGAUACGAAAUGGUCGUGGACGAAGGAAUGUAGCGAUGCUUUCGCGGAUACGAAAAAGCUGCUCGUUAGCAGCAAAGUCCUCACCUUCUAUGACGUUGACAAACCGAUAGGAGUGCUUUGCGACGCGUCUUCCUACGGCCUAGGCGCGGUAAUAUUCCAUGAAACUAGCGGAGAAGAAAGGCCUAUCGCGUUCGCUUCGCGAACCCUCACCGCAGCGGAAAAGAAGUACGCACAGUGUGAACGCGAAGCGUUGGCACUGAUAUUUGGUCUUAAAAAGUUUCACCGCUAUCUUUAUGGUAGAGACUUCACAAUUUACACAGACCACCAGCCACUACUUGGCAUUUUAGGCGAAGGAAAACCUAUACCAACGUUGGCCGCAGCGCGCAUGCAACGUUGGGCAAUGACUUUUGCAGCCUACAGGUACCGCCUUAAGUACCGUAAGGGCAAGAACAUGGACGUGGCUGACGCCUUGUCCAGAUUGCCGCAAGCAGUGCCAGCAGGAGUAGAAUCCGCCGAGUGCCUGUCAGUAUUUGAGUGUCUUCCACUGACAGCCGAUGAAAUCGCCAAAGCGUCCAGGCGAUGUCUGACGUUAAGUCGUAUAGCUGAUUUCACUCUGAUUGGUUGGCCUGGCGAAUGCCCGGAAGACCUAAGGGCGUAUUAUGUACGCAGAGACGAACUGUCACUGGAGCAGGGGUGCUUAACAUGGGGAGUUCGGGUUGUUAUUCCUGAAGUGCUGAGACAUCGCGUGCUUGACAUUCUGCACACUGAACAUCCUGGGGCAAGCCGCAUGAAAAUGCUAGCCCGCAGUUUUGUGUGGUGGCCAGGAAUUGACCUAGCCAUAGAAGACUAUGUAAAAAGGUGUAAAAUAUGCCAAGCAGUGCAACCUGCAGCUCCGUUAGCACCACUUCAACCCUGGAGUUAUCCAGCCAGAUGUUGGUCACGCGUCCAUAUAGACUUUGCGCAGACAAGUGCAAAUGUGUUUCUUGUCCUUGUGGAUGCCUAUUCCAAGUGGGUCGAAGUGUGGCCAAUGCUCUCUACUUCAACAGCAAAGACAAUUGAAAAGCUUCGAAGUGCUUUUGCCGCUUACGGAUUCCCGGAAGCACUAGUAAGCGACAAUGGGCCACAAUUUAUCUCGGCCGAGUUCGCGGAUUUCAUGGCCACCAACGGCGUGAAACACAUUCGCACUCCCCCCUACCAUGCAGCUUCGAAUGGUGCGGCUGAACGAACCGUACAGACCGUGAAACGCGCUCUGAUGAAGGAACUGUUGGAAAGCAAAUCGUCAGGUACGCGUCAUUCGUUCCAGGAAAAUAUUGAUAGUUUCUUGAUGACAUACCGCAACACACCAAAUAGCGUGACGGGAAAGACACCCGCCGAGCUUUUUCUUAAGCGACAACCACGAACAAAACUUGCAUUGUUGAAACCAGACUUUUCGAGAUCAAUGCACACGAAGCAGCAGAAACUCAAAGAGCAGCGGGAUGUGAGUCGCGGGCGUGAGCGUUUGUUCGACGUUGGUGAUAAAGUGUUCGUGAAAACUGUGCGCGGUGAGUGUGCCUCGUGGGAGGAAGGUGUGGUGCGUCAGGUUGUGAGUGCUGUGACAUACGUGGUGAAAGUGCGCGAACAACUUCGGUUUACGCAUGCCGAUCACCUGCGACCACGCCAUGCGGACCCGGCACCAAGCCUAAAUCCCAAGUCCGGACUCGGACACCCUUUAACGCCGCACAGCGACGUCACAGAGGAGAAAUCACCGACCGCAGGAAACUCAGCCAGAACUUCCGUUCCAGAUAAACUGGUGGCUACUGAUCCGACGCCUCCUGUUCAACAGCCUAUCCCACCUGUCAACGUGAACUGCCCGACAGAGCUAGCAGCUCCGACGUCACAAACGGAGCCACGGUCAGCUUCGCCGUCAGCGGAAAGCCAACCGUUACGGCGCAGCACACGAACCCGCAAACCACCGGAUCGUUUCUAG